CGCGUACACUUGUUAAGGUGGAUGUGCAGAUCUCUUCUCAGACGGCGUCUCUUCCUCUUGGGCUGCGUGUACUCCACAACAGCACACAUUCUUUUUUUGAACAAGAAAAAUACAUUUACAAAGAAUAGCCAUGGUGAGCUACACAGUGAUGGUGCAGACAGGAAGUCGCCCCUUUUCUGGGACCACGAGCUACGUUUAUGUCCAACUGCGUGGAGCUGACGCUGAGAGCCAGGAGGAGAAAGUACACAGACGCUUUUUGUCUUUCGGCUUCUUCAAAGGAUCGGAGCGAACAAUUACGUUGGAGACUGAAUCAUCCCUGGGGGAACUCAUCUACUUAAAACUCCGCUCCAAGGCAUUUUUGGGCCUUGACAACCAAUGGUUCUGUAAUAAGAUCACUGUGAAGACGCCUGAGGGGGCAGACAUUUUGUUUCCUUGUUACCGCUGGCUUGGCAGUGAUGAGACCGUUGUGUUAAGACCUGCCAAAGCUUCACUCGUGUUCCAGGACACCAACCCAAUUGCUCAAAAGACCAGGUUGAGUCAACUAGAGGGACGACAGAAGUUGAUUAGGUGGAGUGUGUAUGCUGAAGGCCUGCCCCGGAUUGUCAAUUACAAAUCUGCCCUUCUGCCAGAGGAACUUUCCUUCUCUUUCUCGAAGGAAACCGAGUUCUCCUACACGGCAGGAGUGCAGUUAAUUUAUCUGAAGCUCAAUGGAUUAGCGGACAACAGAGGAUCCUGGGAAAGCAUUGACCAGCUGUACAUGAUCCUUUGUGACAUCACAAACGAAACCAUUGAAUAUGUAGAGGACCACUGGGACGAGGACGAGUUCUUUGGCUACCAGUUCCUGAAUGGCCUCAACCCCAUGCUGAUCCAGCGCUGCUCAAAGCUGCCCGAGAACUUCCCCGUCACUGAGGAGAUGGUCAAAGGCCUUCUCGGAGAACACACCUUGGAGGCAGAGAUAGCGAAUGGGAACGUCUUUCUGUGUGACUACAAGAUGCUGGAUGGGCUUGUGGGAAAUGUAGUUGCUGGCAGGCAGCAGUAUCUCACCGCUCCCCUGGUUCUGCUCUACUGCAACCCUCAGGGCAAGAUGCUGCCCAUCGCCAUACAGCUAGGGCAAACCCCUGGACCCGAGAACCCCAUCUUCCUGCCCUCCGACCCCAAGUAUGACUGGCUGCUGGCUAAGAUCUUUGUGAGAGCCGCAGAGUUCAGCGUGCAAGAGCUCGACUUCCACCUGCUGAGAACUCACCUGCUGUCUGAAGUGUUCGCCAUGGCAACGUUGCGGAACCUCCCCUCCCCACAUCCCCUUUUCAAGCUCCUCAUUCCCCACACACGCUACACACUACAGAUCAAUAUCCUGGCAAGAAAUAAAUUGAUUUCCGACGAUGGAUCCAUUACCGUGAAUGCCGGCAUUGGUGGAGAGUCUUUGCCGAAGUUGCUGCAACGUGCCACCUCGUCCCUGACCUACAGCUCCCUCUGUCUGGCUGAGAACAUCUCUGAGAGAGGCCUGGAGGACGUCCCCAACUACUACUACAGAGAUGACGGCAAAAAACUGUGGAACAUCAUCCACAAGUACGUUGAAGGAGUCGUGCAACAUUACUACACAUCUGAUGAGCAUGUGCAGAAGGACACAGAACUGCAGAGCUGGAUCAGAGAGAUUUUCACCAACGGAUUCCUGGGAAGGAGCAGCACAGGCGUUCCAGAGUCUUUUCACACAGUGAGUGAUCUCAUUAAGUUUGUUACCAUGGUGAUCUUCACUGCAUCCGCUCAACAUGCUGCUGUCAACAACGGACAGUUUGACUUUGGCGGCUGGAUGCCCAACCACCCCACUGCCCUCAGAAAGCCUCCUCCUAAGGAGAAAGGCCAGACCACGAUGAGCACCAUUCUGGAGACCUUACCUGAUAUAGGUACGACGGUGAAUGGCAUGGCUGUCCUGAGCCUGCUGAGCAAAACAUUUUCAGAUCAGUACCCUUUGGGAAGUUUUCCAGAAGAUCUGUUUGAUGAAGAGGUCCCUUGCAAGCUCAUUGCAGAUUUUCAGAAGGAUCUGAGAGAGUUAUCUGAUCUUAUUGAGAAGCGAAAUGAGACUUUGGAGUUCCCCUACACCUAUCUGAGCCCCCAAAAUGUGGAAAAUAGUGUUGCCAUUUGAAAAUAUGUGUUUAUUUUAAAGUGUAACUCUGGUGAACAUUGACCCCAAUGUAUUUUUCUGCAUUAAAAAACAUCAAAUAAGCA